GAUUAACGAUACAACUUCUAGUCUCAACCACAAUAACAAUGUGCUUAACCCUUAAUUCCCAGACGGUCUUGAUAUCAUGAACAACUUCACCCAACUCUUCAUAAGUAAUGGAACUCCUAAUUUCAAUGAAAAAAGUUCGAAAGAAGAAAAUAUUAUUCUUUUUUAUAACUACGUGCAAGACAUAAAGCAAAUGAUGACUUAUUUAUAUUUAAAUCCAACCUUAUAAAUGGUGAUUUUUGAAAUAAACAUUUUCCCCCUAAUAAACGUCAAUUUCCAUGCCUCAAUUAUUUUAGUAAUCAAUUAGAGAAGACAAAACAAAGCAAUAAACCGCUUUAAAAAAAAGUGUAAUUGUAAAAAUAAGUAACAAAAAAAAAACUAAUAAAUAAUAAUUCAAAAAUCAAUUCCCGUCUUCCUCUUCUUCUUCAACAGCGAGAUAUUAAUUAAUUAUAUAUAUAUUAAAAAAAAACUAAACUUUGCGAGUUGCAGAUUGAAUAGUCAACACCCAGCAAGGAAAAAGCUUCCCUUUUCCCUCCUCUGAAUCUCCAUUUCUGAGAGAAAAGCAAACGACGAUUACGCUGUCGGAACAACUCUAACUCUAAGCAAACGACUUGAGAUCGGAGCAGAGAGUUAAUCAGUUGGUGGGUUAUAUAGCUCUAUUCUGGCGGAGUUUGAUGGCAGAGAAACGAGACUCUUCCGCAUCGACGACGGCUUUGCCUCGGCCUACAACCAUCACCCUUCCUCCUAGGCCGUCGAUGGAUACUUUCUUCUCCGGCGGGCUGAGCCCGGGGCCCAUGACUUUGGUCUCAAGUUUCUUCAACGACAGUUACCAGGGUGGUGGAGAAGAUUGCCGGUCCUUCUCCCAGCUUCUCGCGGGAGCUAUGGCUUCUCCGCUUGCUAGGCCUCCCUUUUACCCUGACUUUUCUCCCCAAAACCCUCCUUCCACAGCCGCCGGCGGUGGCUUGUCUUCUACACAAGAUGCUGCUGCUGCUGCGGCUGGAAGUGGUGGGUUUGGGUUCAAGCAGAGCAGGCCUAUGAAUUUAAUGGUUCCUCGGUCUCCCCUAUUUACGGUUCCACCUGGGUUGAGCCCUUCUGGGUUGCUUAAUUCGCCUGGGUUCUUCCCUCAGAGUCCCUUUGGGAUGUCACACCAACAAGCUUUGGCACAGGUGACAGCACAAGCUGCACUUGCUGCUCAAUCUCAGCAUAUGCACAUUCAAGCCCAAUAUCAACCUUAUUCAGGGACUGCUCCAUUGGAAGUAGCGCCAAUGCAACCAUCUUAUACUGCUGCUGCUAAGGAUUCGCAGUGGCAGAUGCCACCCACAACUUCUAACCCUCAAGCUACUGUGGUGGAGCCAUCUUCUGAGGUUUCUCAUUCGGAUAGGAAAUCGCAGACAACGCCUCCUCCUCCUCCUCCUCCUGCUGCUGCUGCUGCUGCUGAUAAACCUGGUGAUGAUGGCUAUAAUUGGAGAAAAUAUGGGCACAAGCCAAUUAAGGGCAGUGAAUUUCCAAGGAGCUACUACAAAUGCACACACCCGAGCUGCCCUGUCAAGAAGAAAGUAGAGCGUUCCCGAGAAGGCCAGAUAACUGAAAUCAUCUAUAAAGGCCAACAUAACCAUGAGCUUCCUCAAACGAAUAAGCGUGGCAGGGGCGACAACAGUGUUCAAAAUGUGACCAUCAGUUCGCAGGCUAAAAGUGAACCUGUUACACAAGCUCAGCUUGGUUAUACUAAUAAACUUGAUCAAAGAGCACCGCCUUAUUCAGGUGAUGGUAGGGAUAAGGAAUCCAGUCAAAUGAACUUUGCAGACCAACCUGAACCUAGUGGCCGUGGGGAACCUGCUGGCGAUCCAAUUGCAGCUGAACAAGAUUGUGCUGAUGAUGCACCUAAUCCAAAGAGAAGGCAAAUGGAUGCGGGAACAUCCGAGGUAGCUUUAUCUCACAAAACAGUGACAGAGGCAAAAAUCAUUGUUCAGACAAGAAGUGAAGUUGAUCUUUUAGAUGAUGGCUUCAGGUGGCGCAAGUAUGGCCAGAAAGUUGUGAAAGGGAACCCUCAUCCUAGGAGCUACUACAAAUGCACGAGCACAGGAUGCAAUGUUCGUAAGCAUGUGGAGAGAGCUGCAGCCGACCCCAAGGCCGUUAUAACUACGUACGAGGGGAAGCACAAUCACGAUGUCCCUGCAGGAAGAAACAGUGGUGCUAAUACAGCUGCACAAUCGAGGCUUCAAAGCACGGCGGUUUCUCAACCGCAGCAGCAGGCUGCACCCGUUGAAGGUGUGAAUUUUGUGAACAACAAUAAUGAGGAGCAAAGACCAGUGCUUCUUAGGCUCAAAGAAGAGGAAGUUGCCGUUUAAGGUGAGGGCAAGACUUGUGCCCUAUACACAGUGCAGAAAGAACACGUAUGUGCAGAACUUCAUGGAUUAUUUCAAAACUUAGUCAAACAUUUUGUGCUCUUUGCUUUGCUUUGCUUUGCUUAUACUCUUUUUUGAUUUCCACUUCCCUGUAUGUAAAAGGUGUGCUUAUUAUAUUGCUUCUCAUUUUAUGUAUUGUCCCCUGCAAAUAUGUACGGUGUAUGAUCUCUGUAUAGAACAUGACAAUACGCUUGGCAAAACCUAAAAAGGAAAGACAACUGGUUCAUUGAAUUUGCAAGUUGCAACUACUUGAUUGAGUGAAAUGGUGAGUUUUUUUUUGUUGUUGUUGCUUUCUUACAUAACAUUGUAUUAUUGAGUUGGUUCCAGAUGGAGCGAACAAAUUUAUAGAGCAAGAAAAGUAAUUAUGGCACUGGUAUUUAUGUGGUUCAAUAUUACAAUGUGUGCUAGUUGCGUCAAGAGUAAACCUUUCUCUUAGACCUUAGUCAUUAACGAAAUGAGGCGAAACCAGUCCAAACUAGAAAGCAAAAUUGCAGAAGCCUAUAACCCAUUUUGGACUGGAGGUAUUGCCCCUAAACCAGAGAUCCAAUGCUAUCAGCCGAAGGGAUGAUAUCGUUGUUUGCCGAAGGAAUCAUUUGGAGAUUGUCAGUACAUGCAUGGAGAACAUCGUCGAAAUGGGAGACUAACUAAGACGACCGUUUUUCAGAUCCUCCCAAGGUAGUGGCCAAACAAAUAAAGAAAGGAGAGAAGGGAGAAACUAAAACACUACCAAAUACCAAUGGAGAGGGAAGAGAAGCCUCAACCAUUUUAGCCUAUAAAAGCAUUAUGCUUUCGUUUGCCUGCGGAGAUGCUAGCACCAAUCUUGAACCUGACAAAGUGGUGAGAUCAUCAUUUCAUCGCUCAUAAUGGGGCAUUUCUUUAACUAACUGCACACAUCCUGCAGCUGAAUUCCUUGUGCUACUACUAAUCGUUACAGUAACUGCAGACAUCAGUCCCGGCGCCGCUCGAUCGAGGCAACACCAUUUGUCAUGUUAUACUCCAACAGGGACUCCAACCCAUAAAAUUCUGGGACUCCAACAAGUGACUUUCGGCCAAUCACAUUGUCAAUCAGAUCCAUCGCAUUUAGUCAAAUAGGUCAACCACAAUAUUGGUCACGUCAACCAGAGUGGUCAGGCCACAUGAGUCAUGACCAAUUAGGGAGAUCACUUCUGCUAUUGGUUUGAUUGAAUUGGUGAGUUCUUUUGCUUUCUUUCAUAACAUUUGUACUAUUGAGUUGGUUUCCAAAUGGAGCGACGUACAUUACAAUUAAAGUAUGUAAAGCGUAUAGAGUGAUAGUUAUUUUUUCGUUAUCAAUACAAAAAGCAUUACAUAAAUAUUUUAUAAUAUGAUUAAAACUAAAAAAGGGAAGGACAAAUUCAUCAGUCUGUUCACUUGGGUUGUGAUUCCCUACCCUUAAUUUCAUAGUAAACUCAUUAUUAUUUGCGUAACACCGAUUUAUAACAUUAUUUAUUAUUUUUUUUUUUUCAUAACAAGUUAUCCCCUAUAUUGAAUUCCACGUAUUACGAAAAAAUUUUGUAGCAAUGUUUUGUAAAUUUUCUAAGAUUUUGUAAGGCGAGCUAUUUUUUACAUAACAUUUUAAUCAAAUGUGAUCUUUUAUAUUACUUGAGUUUAUUAUUAGACAACACAUUAUGAUAUACUUACAUAACAUUGUUCUAUAAGAGAUAAGUACAUUACAAAUACACCAUGGAAGCUUAUGGAGGGAGACAUUAUUCUUUAGUUAUCAAUUAAAAAAAUAUUACAUAAGUCUUUUUAAAACUUUACGUAAAACUAACUUGAUUUUAUUAUUAAAUCACACAUUAAGAAAGAUUUUUAUUAUUA